AUGAUCAUCAAGGUAGGCCCAGUGGGUCGUAGAAUUGGAAAUGCAUGGGAUGAAAAGGGUCAAAAUAAGAUCGUUCAGAUAUUCAUAUGUCACGGUGAAGGAAUCAAAUCAAUUCAGUUCCAAUAUGCAGAUGAGAAUGGGAAACUGGUGGUGUCCGAUGUGCAUGGUAAAUACAAUGGCCGUAAUUUUGAUGUGGUGAAACUAGGCUACCCAACUGAGCAUAUAACUUGGGUGAAGGGUCGCAUUGGCGGCUACCUCCACAUUCUAUGUUCAAUCACAUUUGGAACGAAUCGCGGUGAGUACGGCCCGUUUGGUAUGUCCAAUAACUACGCCACCGAAGAAUUUGCUUUCCGGCUAGGUGACGACCGCCAAUUCUGUGGAUUUCACGGCACUGCUAAUGAAAGCGGUGUCGAAUCCAUCGGAGUGUAUCUUGAGCCAAUUGCGACUUCAAAUAAUUUUAUGAACAGAAAGGCCGUCAAGCUCGAGAAGAAUGUCGCGAGUUAG